AUGACUUCUUUGACAUGCGAUGUGAUUUCAGAGCCGUGUAUUUACAACAAGCAGUCAGCCAAGCUGCAGUUGAACUCGUUGUCGUCGCUGUCCUUAGCAUCUCGAGCCCAGAGCCCACCAGUCUUCAGUGCGAACACUUGGGAAGAAGGCUUAAUAAACUCUACAUCGCCAGGAAACGUUCCUGUGCUCGACGUGCUCGUGAAGGAGGUGGUGGUGCUGGUUACGCUGCUGGUCGACGAUGCACUCACCGUCGUUGAAGUAGUGCCUCACAACUCUAGGUUUCGGGGCUGUGAUUUCCCAACGAUGCUCUGCUGCCGAGGGCAUCGAGCACGCGGAACGGGGGAAGCAAGCACACAGCAGCACACAUCGUGCAAACAUUAUAUCCCAGUCAGAGCACUGGAAACAGUGACAGAGGAAGAUGAAGUACUGGAUGUAGACGUCGUCGAGCUUGAGCUUGUAGAUGAUGACGAAGAAGUUGAGCUGGACGUGACAGUGGUGGAACUGCUUGUUGUAGAGGUGCUGGUCGUGGUUGUGGACGUCGUUGUGGAAACGGUUGAGCUUGUAGAAGUCGUUGAGGAAAACGUGCUGGUCGAAGACGUUGUGGACGUGAGAGUUGCAGUGGUAGAGGAAGUGCUUGAGCUAGAAGUGGAGGUGCUAGUGGACGACACCGUUGUAGACGUUGUACUCGUGAUCGACGUGCUGGUAGAACUGCUGCUGCUCGACGUCGACGAUGUGCUUGUGCUUGUGACGCUCGUUGUUGAAGUGGACGUGACGGUCGUGCUUGAUGUAGUAGACGAGGUUGUUGUAACUGUGCUUGACGUUGUUGAUGUAAGGGUUGUUGAACUAGUUGUGGCUGUUGUGCUGGUUGACGAUGUUGAACUACUACUGCUGGACGUGGAAGUCGUAGAGCUGGAGCUCGUGGAGGUCGAGGUCGUGGAGCUACUUGAUGAACUUGUGGAACUGGUCGAGCUGGAGCUGGUGGACGUGGUAGUGAUGGACGUGCUGCUGGAGCUGCUGCUCGUCGACGAAGUAGUGGUCGAGGAUGUUGAUGUAGUUGUGCUGGUGGUGCUGGAGCUACUCGUGCUUGUGCUGGAAGUCGAACUUGACGAGGUGCUGGUUGUGGAUGUUGUGGUGAAAGUUGUGCUGGUAGAUGACGUGGAUGUGCUGGAGCUGCUCGUGGACGAAGUAGACGUUGAUGACGUGGAAGUUGACGAGGUUGACGUCGAAGUGCUCGUUGUUGAUGAGCUGCUGGUGCUGGAAGAAGAAGAUGACGUGCUCGUCGUGGACGUGGAGGAUGACGUUGUCGAACUUGAUGACGUACUGGUGGUCGACGUUGUGGUGAUACUGGUUGAUGAAGUAGACGUCGACGUCGAGCUUGUGCUCGUACUGGAGGAGGAUGUCGAGCUUGUACUUGUUGAAGAGGUGCUACUGGUUGAGGUGGAGGACGUAGAUGAUGACGAUGUGCUGGUGCUGCUGGUCGAAGUGGAAGAGCUGCUUGUUGAUGAGCUGGACGUUGACGUCGUAGAGGAAGAUGUUGUGGACGAUGAGGUGCUACUGGUUGAGGUGGAGGACGUAGAUGACGACGAUGUGCUGGUGCUGCUGGUCGAAGUGGAAGAGCUACUUGUUGAUGAGGUGCUUGUAGAGGUUGAAGUGGAUGAUGUUGAUGACGAGGACGUGCUUGUGCUGCUAGUCGAACUUGAAGAGCUGCUUGUUGAAGAGGUUGAGGUGGAAGUGGAUGACGUUGAUGAGGUAGAGGUGGAACUAGAAGACGUGGAUGUCGAAGAUGUGCUGCUGGAAGACGUGGACGUGGAAGACGUCGAGCUGGACGAUGUUGAUGAGCUGGUGGUGCUCGUAGAUGACGUGCUCGUGCUGCUGGAAGAGGUUGAAGAUGUUGAGCUGGACGACGUGGAUGUGCUCGUGCUGCUGGUGGAACUAGAAGACGUGGAUGUCGAAGAUGUGCUGCUGGAAGACGUGGACGUGGAAGAAGUCGUUGAAGUUGUUGAGCUGGACGUCGAGGAUGUUGAAGAAGUUGAAGAUGAGCUACUAGAAGUGGAUGUAGAUGUAGUGCUUGUGCUGGAAGAUGUCGUGCUUGUGGACGAAGUGGACGAUGACGACGUUGAUGAGCUUGAUGUGCUGGAAGAGGACGUGCUGCUUGACGAAGUUGUUGUACUGCUCGUUGAAGUAGAUGUCGUGCUGCUAGUGGAACUGGAUGAGGAGGAUGAGGUCGUUGAGGAGGUGGUAGAUGAUGUUGAAGAAGUGCUCGUGGAUGAUGUUGUAGUUGUAGAAGUACUCGUGGAGGUUGUACUAGUUGACGAUGUGCUGCUGCUACUAGUCGAGGACGACGUCGUAGAAGUCGAAGUAGACGUCGUCGACGACGACGAGGUGCUAGUCGAUGUGCUUGAAGUUGAUGUGGUGCUUGAGGUGCUGCUUGUGGAUGUGGAUGAAGAGGUAGUGCUACUGGAGGUGCUCGAUGUACUGCUUGUGGAGGAAGUCGAGGUAGAUGUAGUGCUGCUGCUUGUGCUGCUCGAGGAAGUUGAGGUUGACGAAGUACUGCUUGAUGACGUUGUAGUCGAGGAUGUGCUUGUGGUGCUGCUGCUGGUGGAGGAUGUACUGGUACUGCUGGUGGAGGUAGAAGAGCUUGAGGAAGUUGUUGAGGAAGUGCUAGUUGUAGAUGACGAAGUAGAAGAUGUCGAUGUGGUACUGCUGCUGGUGGACGAAGUGCUUGUUGACGACGAGCUGCUGGUGGAUGUUGAUGUGGAAGAUGUUGAUGUCGACGAGGACGAAGUGCUCGUCGAGGAUGUCGAACUCGAUGAUGUGGAAGUGGAAGAACUGGUUGUGGAAGAUGUGGAGCUCGAUGACGUCGUGCUGGAUGACGUGGACGUCGAACUGCUGCUCGAUGUGCUCGUAGAGGAAGUACUGCUAGAAGAGGUGCUGGUACUUGUGGUUGAUGUAGACGAAGAUGAUGUGGAGGUUGAGGAUGUGCUUGAUGAGGAUGUUGAGGUCGAUGAAGACGACGUGCUGCUAGUGCUUGUGGAGGAUGUGCUCGUAGAGGAAGUGCUCGUGCUGGUGGUUGAUGUAGAAGAUGAUGAUGUGGAGGUUGAGGACGUGCUUGAUGAGGAUGUUGAUGUCGAUGAAGUCGACGUGCUGCUAGUGCUUGUGGAGGUUGUGCUCGUGGAUGAAGUGCUGGUGCUCGUCGUGGAAGUAGAAGAGCUUGACGUAGAUGUUGACGAGGUGCUUGAGGAGGAUGUUGAGGUCGACGAAGUCGACGUCGAACUGCUGCUUGUGGAGGAUGUGCUCGUAGAGGAAGUACUGCUAGAAGAGGUGCUGGUACUUGUGGUUGACGUAGAUGAAGAUGAUGUGGAGGUUGAGGAUGUGCUUGAUGAGGAUGUUGAGGUCGAUGACGUCGAUGUAGUGCUGCUGCUGGUCGAGGAAGUGCUUGUGGAUGACGUACUGGUGCUGGUGCUUGAUGUAGAUGAGCUGGAUGUGGAUGUUGACGACGUGCUUGAGGAAGAAGUUGAGGUUGACGACGUCGAGGACGUACUGCUGCUUGUGGAAGUUGUGCUUGUAGAUGAUGUGCUGGUGCUGCUCGUGGACGUAGACGAGCUUGAUGUGGAUGUUGACGACGUGCUUGAGGAAGAUGUCGAUGUCGACGAAGUCGACGUUGUACUGCUGCUUGUCGAGGAGGUGCUUGUAGACGAUGUGCUGGUACUGCUGGUGGAAGUGGACGAAGUUGACGUAGAUGAGCUCGAUGUUGAUGUUGAGGAUGUGCUUGAGGAGGAUGUUGAUGUCGAUGAAGUCGACGUGCUACUGGUGCUUGUUGAGGUUGUGCUCGUGGAUGAAGUGCUGGUGCUCGUCGUGGAAGUAGAAGAGCUUGACGUGGAUGUUGACGACGUGCUUGAGGAGGAUGUUGAGGUCGACGAAGUCGACGUCGAACUGCUACUUGUGGACGAUGUGCUCGUAGAGGAAGUGCUGGUGCUGCUGGUUGACGUAGAUGUUGAGGAUGUGCUGGAUGAGGAUGUCGAGGUCGAUGACGUCGAUGUAGUGCUGCUGCUGGUCGAGGAAGUGCUUGUGGAUGACGUACUGGUGCUG